CGGCCGGAGGCGCGAGGAGCUGGGGCAGGACGGAUGGAGAGAGCCCCCAGAGGGUGAUCACGUGAACAGGCCGGGUCGGGGAGUGAGUGUGUUCCCCUUCACCCUCUGUCCCUGCCUUACUGUCACUCUGUCUUCCCCCUCUCUCUCUCUCUCUCUCUCUCCUUCCUUCCCUCCCUGUCUGUGUGCAGAGCUGUUCCUGAGGUGAUGAAGCCCCCUGUGAGAGCGCGAGCUGCCCCACGCCGCUAUGGCAUGGACUUGGAGGCGGAAGCCAUGGAUAUCGAUGGUGAGGGUGCGGAUUGGAGCGUUCGAGCAAAGCGGCUGCUGUUGCGGGCACUGAAGAAGCAGAGUUCAAGCAAGGAGCCCGAUCUGAGCAGCAUCGCGAGUGAGGUACCCGGGAAGACCCGUGAGCAGAUUGCUGCUUACCUUGAGGAAUUGAAGUUGAGCUCCAUCCGGAGUAUUAUUCAACGCAACUACCUCGAUCGUCUCCGAGAGAAACGUCUCCGUCGGCGGCAGCUCCGGGCCCCACUGCAGAUCUGGACGGAGCUUGCUGAGCACAUGACAGGGGAUUUGACCGAAGUGAUUACAACGGCAUUCUCUCAGACCCUGAUGAUUGCAGCCACUGAACCCAGGUGCCAGGCAUCACGGGCAGUGCCGACUGAUCCGACUUUGCGAGGUUCAGGAGACGGAACGUUGCCUGGAGGUUCCCUGCCUGGGUCGGUGUCCAGCGCGCCGCCCCCUGUGAUCACCGUGACUGAGAGCAGUACCCAGUCACCGGGAGCGGCCCAAGCCCUGGACAUGUCCUUGGACUUUGCGAAAAUCUAUAAGUACCUGUCGGCCACCGCAAGGGGCUCAACAUUGCCACAGCUCUCCGCCUUUGAGUCUGCAGUUGUCCUUGACCUGUUGAUGUCUCUGCCGGACCAGAUACAAGACCUGGACUGCCAGGAGCUGUGGACCCACAUGAACACUACCUAUCGCCAGCUGACCAGCACUGCUUCAGCCAUGCAAGAUGCUCAUCCAGUUCAGAGAGCUCCCUCCACUGCGCAGGGCCCCAGUAUCAAUCUGACAGGGCAGACACAGGCCUCUGGUCCUAACGUCCAGCCUGCAGCCCAGACCCACUCCACGACUGAGUUUGGCCAAUCAAAAUCUGGGCUCAGCAAUGCUGCUGAGCUACCUCUGGAAUCUGAUUGGCCUGCACCAUGCCCUUUGAACCCCUUCAGGCUCCCUGUAAAGCUGUUGGUCAGAUGUGAGGCACCGACAGCGCCCCGGGAUCCCGUUGCUGAUUUGGGAUCAGCUGCCGAGGAGGUAACACUGACACUGAGCGCUGUCCAGCCCAGCGCUGACCUCCGACCUCCAGCCAAGGAACCAGCCCUGAGCGCUGUCCAGCCCAGCCCUAACCUCCGACCUGCAGCUGAGGAGGUCAUACUGACACUGACUGCUGUCCAGCCCAGCCCUGACCUCCGACCUCCAGCUGAGGAACUGGCACUGACCACUGUCCAGCCCAGCCCUGACCCCCGACCUCCAGCUGAGGAGGUGACACUGACCGCUGUCCAGCCCAGCCCUGACCUCCGACCUCCAGCUGAGGAGGUGACACUGACACUGACCGCUGUCCAGCCCAGCCCUGACCUCCGACCUCCAGCUGAGGAGGUGACACUGACCGCUGUCCAGCCCAGCCCUGACCUCCGACCUCCAGCUGAGGAGGUGACACUGACACUGACUGCUGUCCAGCCCAGCCCUGACCUCCGACCUCCAGCUGAGGAGGUGACACUGACCGCUGUCCAGCCCAGCCCUGACCCCCGACAUCCUGCCGAGGAGCCGACCUUGACCACUGUCCUUCCCAGUACUGACCCCUGACCUCCUGAGAAACUGACAUUGACCACUGUCCUUCCCAGUACUGACCCCUGACCUGAGGAACUGACAUUGACCGCAGUCCAGCCCAGCCCUGACCUCCGACCUCCUGUGAAGUAGCCAACACUGACCCCUGUCCAAUCAAGCAUUGACCCCUGACCUUCUCUUGAGGUGACAGUAUUGACUCGUUUAUUCCAGUAGUGAUUGUCAACCUCCUACAGCACUGAAUUCUGUCCAGCUCAGUGUUGACCCCCAACCUCCUGCCAGUGGUCCAACACUGACCCCUGACCUCAUGCUGAACACACAGUUGAUUACUGUCCAGCGGUGAUUCCCUCACCACCUUCUGAGGAUGCAGCACUGACCCCUAUCCAGCCAAUGCUGACCCCAGGUCACUACUACCUUAUUCUAAGAGUCAACUGCUGACCAUUCACCUCUCCCAGGGAGCUCAGUGCUGACGUCUGGCCUCCUCCCAGAGCCCAGCCCUGACUCACCGACUGCCUCACGCUGUUGAUUCACCCCCCAGCCCCCCCAAACAGACCUGGGCAAGUGAGGCUGACGCUGAUCACUGCAGCGCAGCCCUGAGAGUAUGCUCUAAUUCCGAUUUGGCAAGUCCUGAGGAAGUGGUUUCAUCAUCGUUGGAGAUUAGCACUGAUGCAUGACAGUGUCUAGAUAGUUUCCAUCAUUGAUUUUUAAAAUUUCCUGUAAAUAGUUUUGUGUUACCCUUGCUUAGUUUUCUGUCUGCCCUCUCGUGCAACAAAUAAAACUCUGUUAUCGCAGUAAA